AUGUCUGACUAUCUUCCAGCGGGCCUCGUGCUACAAGGCAUAGGCCUCGAUCGGAACCUCAGUCUUUGCACUGCGGGCGUCUACGUCUGUGUUACGCUGUAUGGAAUCGCGAAAAUGUGUGUGUACUUCUUUCUAACCGAGCGUGCGUACGUUGUAUGGUGCCCGACAGCCGCCACCCCCCGCUGGCGCACGCCGGCGUACCUCGUCUGCCUCGCCGCGGUCAUCAUGUAUCUGGGUGUUGUAUGCCAUCUUUUCAUCGUGCGCAUCGCGCACUUGGAUCCUGGAGAACGUUGCACGAUUGGCUUCCGCCUCGAUGGCGUGAUCAUCCUUAUCGCCUACGACGUUAUCGUCAGUAUUCUCAUGACUUCCCUCUUCGUCUGGCCGCUCGUGCGCACACAGUUCCAAAGCGCACAGCUCCGGCACAUCGCACGCCGCUCUGUCACAGCCGCGGCCAUCGUCCUCGGAACGUCGUGCGUGAAUAUCACCGUUCUUGCUGCUCUUCAUGGGCAGGAACCUGGCUGGAUAUGUCUAGCAUCCUGGGAAGCGGAUGUAGGCUGCCAUCUCCCGCACACGCUCUUCACUACACUAACAGCACAUACCAGGUCCUUAUAG